GCCCGGGCUGCGCUCGGACAUGGCGGCGGAGCUGAGCGCCGAGCGGCUGCGCUCGCUGCCCGCCAGCUGGAGCUUCGGCAUCAGCCGCGGCGGCCGCAUCUUCUUCAUCAACGAGGAAGCGAAGAGCACGACCUGGCUGCACCCGCUGACGGGCGAAGCUGUGAUCACCGGGCACCGGCGCAGCCCAGAUCUACCCACAGGUUGGGAGGAAGCAUAUACUUUCGAAGGUGCAAGAUACUACAUAAAUCACAAUGAACGAAAGGUGACCUGCAAGCAUCCGGUCACAGGACAGCCAUCACAGGACAAUUGCAUAUUUGUUGUGAAUGAACAGACUGCAGCAACUAUGACUUCAGAAGAAAAGAAAGAGCGACCAUUAAACAUGGUAUCUGAAGCUGCGCACUAUAAUUUGACAUCAGAUUACACUGCACAUCCAAUGAGUCCGCUGGGCAGAACAUCACGCUCCUCAAAAAAAGUCCAUAAUUUUGGAAAGAGGUCAAAUUCAAUAAAAAGAAAUCCGAAUGCACCUGUCGUUAGGCGAGGCUGGCUGUAUAAACAGGAUAGUACUGGCAUGAAGCUCUGGAAGAAGCGAUGGUUUGUUCUUUCUGAUCUCUGUCUCUUCUACUAUCGGGAUGAAAAAGAAGAAGGAAUAUUAGGGAGCAUACUUCUUCCAAGCUUUCAGAUAGCCAUGCUUUCUUCUGAAGAUCAUAUCAACCGCAAAUAUGCGUUUAAGGCAGCUCAUCCAAACAUGAGGACCUAUUAUUUCUGCACAGAUACAGGGAAGGAAAUGGAGUUAUGGAUGAAAGCCAUGAUAGAUGCAGCUCUUGUACAGACAGAGCCUGUGAAAAGAGCAGACAAGAUUACUUUUGAAAACACGCCACCUCGUGAAGCAAAUAACAUUGCAAACCAUCGAGAGCUAAUUAAACCAGAGACUCAGAAUAAUCAGCGGAACAGAGAAGUAAGCAAAAUGGAAGACAAGAAGGCUUUAGAAGCAGAAAAAUACGGAUUUCAGAAAGUUGGGCGUGAUAGACCCUUAACAAAAAUCAACAGUGUAAAACUGAACUCCUUAGGGUCAGAGUAUGGGACUUUGCCAGCAAGUGCAGUCCCAUCAGGACACUAUAGGCCAGUUCAUUUAAAUGGGUCAGAGAAAGCUGUAAACCUUAUUCUAGGAGAUUCUGGUGAUGGAAUCCAUCACAACGCCAUGCACUCACAUAUAGAAUCUGAACGUGUCAUCCAGAGAACUAAUUCAAUGUUACAGUUGGAGCAGUGGAUUAAAAUACAGAGAGGAAAAGGACAAGAUGAAGAAACAAGAGGCAUAAUUUCAUAUCAGACUUUACCAAGAAAUAUGCCAAGCCAUCGAGCCCAAGUUGUACCUCGUUAUCCAGAAGGUUACCGCACCUUACCAAGAAACACUAAAACCAGACCAGAUAGCAUCUGCAGUGUAACACCUCUUUAUGAUAAGACCCUUGGAUCAUUGCCAGCUGAAGAUAAAAGAAGAUCAAUGCGAGAUGACACCAUGUGGCAACUCUACGAAUGGCAACAACGGCAGUUUUACAAUAAGCAAACAACUCUUACUAGACACGGUACUUUAAGUAGUCCCAAAACCAUGAUUAAUAUAUCUGAUCAAACAAUGCAUUUGAUUCCCACAUCACCUUCCCAUGGUUCAAUAGCAGGUUUCCAAGGAUAUUCCCCUCAGAGGAACUACAGGUCAGAGGUGUCCUCCCCAGUGCAAAGAGGAGAUGUAACCAUUGACCGUAGACACAGACCACAUCCUACCAAGCAGCAUGUCUUUGUGCCUGACAGAAGGUCGAUCCCAGCAGGUCUGAGUGUGCAGCCUAUUAGUCCCCAGAGUUUGCAAGGCAAAACUCCAGAGGAGCUCACUCUGCUGCUCAUAAAGUUGAGAAGGCAGCAAGCCGAACUGAGUAGUAUCCGGGAACACACAUUAGCACAACUCAUGCAACUAAAACUUGAGGCCAGCAGCCCAAAGAAUGAGAUUCUUUCUCAUCAUCUACAAAGGAAUGCCAUAUAUUUGGACCAUCAGCUGACGCAAGAUGAAAGUAGGGGUGCUCUCUACAAAUACAGAUCAGAAGAACUGGAUAUUGAUGCUAAGCUUAGCCGAUUAUGUGAACAAGAUAAAGUGGUACAGGCCCUAGAAGAGAAGCUUCAGCAGCUGCACAAGGAAAAAUACACGCUUGAGCAAGCUUUGCUAUCAGCCAGCCAAGAGAUACAAAUGAAUGCAGAAAAUCCAGCUGCCAUACAAAAUGUCAUCUUACAGAGGGAUGAUUUACAGAAUGGCCUGCUUAGCACUUGUCGAGAAGUAUCUCGAGCCACUGCGGAACUCGAAAGAGCUUGGAGGGAAUAUGACAAACUAGAAUAUGAUGUAACAGUCACGAAGAACCACAUGCAGGAGCAGCUGGAGCGGACAGGAGAGGUUCAGAGUGAAUCAGCUGGGAUACAGCGUGCUCAGAUUCAGAAGGAGCUUUGGCGAAUUCAGGAUGUAAUGGAAGGUUUGCGUAAACAUAAGCAGCAAAGAAACAGCACCACAGAGGCAGGUGUCAUAGCAUCAAAGGCCUUUUCACCAAAGUAUAAAAAUGAGGAAGAGGAAGUAGUCCCACCUCGUCCUCCACUCCCUCGGUCCUAUGACUUUGCAGAGCAUCUUCCCAUAAUCCCCCCUCUGCCCAGUGAUAGCAGCUCCUUGCUCUGUUAUAGCAGGGGCCCAGUACAUCUGCCUGAAGAGAGGAAGAUUCAUCAAGUCCAAGGAUACCAAAGAAAUGGAGCUCACUGUGGUCCUGAUUACCGGCUUUAUAAAAGUGAACCUGAACUAACUACUGUGGCAGAAGUUGAUGAGUCGAAUGGGGAAGAAAAGGCAGACCCGGUUUCUGAGUCAGAAGCUUCUGUGACUAAAGGAUCACAUUUUCCCAUUGGAGUUGUACCACCCAGAACAAAGUCACCAACCCCAGAAUCUUCAACUAUAGCUUCUUAUGUGACUUUAAGGAAAACAAAGAAGAUAGAUCUAAGAACGGAAAGGCCGAGAAGCGCAGUGGAGCAGUUAUGCUUGGCAGAAAGCUCUCGCCCACGAAUGACAGUGGAGGAGCAGAUGGAAAGAAUAAAAAGGCACCAACAGGCCUGUUUACGUGAGAAAAAGAAAGGACUGAAUAUUAUUGGCAUUUCAGAUCUGUCCCCUUCACAAAGCCCAUCCCUUGUCAGAGAAAAUCCUUCUAAAUUAUUGCAGAGCCCAAGGAAGGAAGAUUUUGUAUGUAAUACCAAGGAAGCAGAGCAUGGCAUUAGAAUGAGCGACGCAAGCCAAAGCCCUCCAAAUGAUGUGGAAGAUACACCUUGGUUGAAAGAAAAUGAUUGUGCCAAUGACUAUAAUCCUGCUUUUAUUACACAGUUACCAAAAAAUGAAGAACAGCCAUUCUCAGAUGCACUGGAGCCAAAGGAGAGAAAUCAUGAACAAGUACCUGAGAAGCCAGAAGAGCAGACACCAGAUAGCGAUGACAGGUAAAGCAAAGCAGAUACCAGCUGUUUGUAGCAAA